AGAGAGAUGGUAGGCUAACGUUACAUCUCAAUAUUUAAAAAAAAAAUUGUGAGCUGAUCACAUUGAAGGAUACUAGAAGAACAGUCACAUUCAUACCAGCUUCAGCAAACUAUAUUAUUUGCAAUUGUACUCUAGAGUUUGUCAUUCCCAAUCCCCUGUAAUCAUAGCUAAAAACUAAAUGCUUUUUUUUUUUUUUUUUUUUAUAGAAAUAAUGGAGUGUUCAGAAAGAACUAAAAGAAGGAAAAUAUCAGCAAAAGUGGAGGAACAUUUGCGUCUCCUUGAAAAGGAGUCUGAUAUGAUUGAUGAUUUGUUGGCACAUGAUUCUGAAAAGGAAUACCCACUGGAUGAUUUAGAACAUACUGAAAGAGAAGAUUCCACGGACACUUUCUACGAUGCUUCUGAUCAGAACUGCUUUGAGAAUACAUCAAAUGAUUUAGAAGAUGAAAAUUCUUCAGAUAUUUUUUAUGAUUGUAACAUUUCCUCAUUCGAUGAUUUGGAUUCUGAAAACUGGGUGCCUGGUUGUGAUAGUGACUGUGAUUUGCAUGGAGAUGAAUGUUCUGAUUUGGAAGAUUAUGAUGAUGAUGAUUCACAUGGGCUUGCAGAGUGGGCUGCAGAAUUCAACAUACCACAAACAGCGCUGUCUGCCCUUCUUAAAAUUCUAAGGAAGAAGGGCCUUGAUAUCCCAAUGGAUGGCAGAACUCUUAUGUCUACUGACAGAUCUUGCAAUGUGGCGAAUAUGGCUGGGGGGUCCUACUACCACUUUGGAAUUGAAAAUGCUCUCAUAGCUGAACUAACAUCUUUAGGACAUUUAGCGAAUGUGACUGAUACUCUCACACUUCGAAUUAACAUUGAUGGAUUGCCCUUAUUCCGUAGCUCUAGUAAGAGUCUGUGGCCUAUUCUGGGUAGGAUUAAGGAAAUUCCAGGGUGUAGUGUGUUUGUAAUUGGAGUGUACUCGGGUGCGUCCAAACCCGCAAAUGUUCAAGAAUAUUUACAAGAAUUCAUUGUAGAUAUGAAAGCCGUUUCUCAGAGUGGUAUUGUGUACAAUGGUGUACAUUUCAGGGUGCCAUUACCAGAUGCUUUUAUUUGUGAUGCACCUGCUCGUGCCUUUCUUAAAUGCACAAAAGGACAUACAGGCUAUUAUGGGUGUGAGAGGUGCAAUCAAAAAGGCCAGUACAUUAAUGGGAAGGUGGUUUAUCCUGAAAUAUCAGCAGAGGUCAGGACAGAUGAGCAAUUUGGUAGGCAAGGCUAUCAACAGCACCAACUGUCAGCAUCCCCCCUAAAUGAUCUGGGUAUAGGUUUAGUUACCAGUUUUGUGUUAGAUUAUAUGCACCUUGUGUGCUUGGGGGCAAUGCGCAAAUUAAUAUUUCUAUGGUUGAAAGGGCCGCUGAAAUGCAGGCAAUCUAUGAAGUUUUUUGUUGUAAUGUCAGCAUAUUUGGUUUCUAUCAGGCAAUAUUUACCUAGCAAUUUUGCAAGGAAACCACGGUCCUUGUUUGAAUUCAGCACAUGGAAAGCUACAGAGCUUCGGCAAUUUUUACUUUACACUGGCCCUGUUGUUCUCCUCAAUAAUAUACCCAGUAGAAUGUACAGAAACUUUUUACUUCUGUCUGUAUCUAUGAGAAUUCUUCUGAGUCCUGCCUUAUGUUCUCCUGACAAUUGUGACUAUGCUGAGGAGAUUUUGAAACUCUUUGUAACAGAUUUUGCUGCAAUUUAUGGCACUGAAUUUGUCAGCUAUAACAUGCAUUCAUUGAUCCACCUAGCUCAAGAUGCACGAAAAUUCGGCCCGUUGGAUAGUGUUUCAGCUUUUCCCUUUGAGACAUUUUUAGGUAAACUGAAAAAACUUGUCCGUCGACCUCAAAACCCUGUCCAACAACUCGUCAGGCGGAUCCAUGAGAAACAGAAAGUGGCAAGCCAAAAGACCACAUCAGUUUUCAGCCCACUUAAACAGCUCCACUAUUUUGGACCAAUGAUUAAUUCAAUUGCAACAUGGGAACAAUACAGGCGUUACAAUGAUGGACAGACACUGAUCUCCUCCUCUCGUGGCGAUGACUGUUUUUCUGUAGGGGGAAGGAUUCUUAUUGUGCGGAACAUUUUGUCACAUUCUGGAACUGUUAAAGUCCUGUGUAAUUUCUUUGAAACUGCCAAAUCCUUUUUCACCUAUCCAAUGGACUCAUCACGUCUUGGAAUUCUUUUUGUUUUCAAUUUAUCUGAACAGUUGCAGCUGUUACCUGUGGAGGAGAUAAAAACAAAAAUGGUGUUGUUGCCAUUUAAGGCUGGAUAUGUGGCAUUACCACUCCUGCACUAGUGCGCUUUUUUUUUCUUCUUUUUUUUUUUUAAGUUACGAAUUUAUGUGUUUUUAUGUAUGUAUUUUGUUUUUCUUUAAGCAUGUUACCUUUCGCAAUUGUUGAAUUUAUAAAUGGUGGAGGAUUGGCAGUUAUACCGACCAAAUGGUUUAUCGGGCCUGAGGAGGAUGAAUGCUACUGGCCACCAGCAAGGAUGAACAUGGCAAAGGCGGUCAUAGAGCAACAGGACCCUCACACUGACUGGGCGACAUACAAGUUGACUGUCAAGAGAAAAAUUGCAACAUAUGAAAUUGCCCGAACAAAAUUAGUUGAGUAUGAACAGAACACAGAUGUACCAACUGAGUCCGAUUCUGCAGAGAAUAUGGGAAGGGGGAAGCGCAGAAAGAGGCGAGUGAUUUUGUCCAGUGAGGAUGAGGAUGAUGAUGACAAUUGGUCCGGCAGCCCCAUCAGGCCUACACCUCCAUCCACCCUCAGCGCACCGGUUCCAUCCACCCUCAGAUCUGUGCCGACACCUCCACUGGCUCCAUCAACACUCAGAUCUGUGCUGACACCUCCACCGGCUCCAUCAACCCUCAGAUCUGUGCCAACACCUCCACCGGCUCCAUCAACCCUCAGAUCUGUGCCGACACCUCCACUGGCUCCAUCAACACUCAGAUCUGUGCUGACACCUCCACCGGCUCCAUCAACCCUCAGAUCUGUGCCAACACCUCCACCGGCUCCAUCAACCCUCAGAUCUGUGCCAACACCUCCACGGCCUCCAUUCAACCUCAGGUCUUCACCUCCACUGCCUCCAUCUGCUAGGCCUACACUUCCACCCCCUCUGGGUAACCUUAGUUUGCCCGAUGUUUCAACCCAUCACCACGUCACCAUGUCACCAGAAACUCCUCAAAGACAAAUCAGGGACAUCAUGUUUGUUCGCAUCUUAACUCUCCUUGAGGAGAUGAAAGAGACACAAAAAAUCCAAGGGAGGAUGCUACAAAUGCUUGUACAACAGCGUGACAACAUCAGAACCACCGUCUCUUCUACCCCAGAGGGUUUUCCCCUAAAGACAGUUAGGGAUGUGGAAAUCAUGGAGGAAAAACUGGCAAACCCAAACUUCAUGUCCGAACUGGUUGCAGCUGUGACUGACAUAGGGGGGGCAACUGUUGACGAGGCCACAAGAAGGAUGAUGACCUUCCUCCUAGACCAUGGCCUAUCCAGGCAGUACAACUUUGUGGGCCGAAACGGGAAGAGGGAGUUCAAGGCCUUAAAACUAUAUGAAGUAAUUUAUGGAGGCUUAAAGAAAAACGCCAUGACCAGCCAAAUCACACGUAAAGAUGCAGAGAAGGCGGUCUCCAAGUGGCUCAUUGGUGCUAGGGACCGGGGGGGAAUAGACAGGCCCGACAGCCAACCCCUCAAUAAGGACUUCAGGCUUCGGGUUCAUCAAUUUUUUUCAAAAUGUUUUUCUUAAUUUUACUUAAAUAAA